GUCAGCGCGCUGCCUAGGCUCCUCCACCCCCGCCGAAGAGGUGGUGCAGGCCGAGAUGGCGGCGCCCGUCUUGCAGCGAGGGUUGCAGGCUGCGCUUCGGAGCUGGGCUGUGGCAGGUAGAAGAUAUAUUCUUUCAGCAGCAUAUGUGGACAGUUCAACAUGGGAACAAAGAGAAAAAGAUCAGCAGAGCGUGGUUGAACUAGCCAAUCUGAUGGACAGAACCUAUGAAAGAAAGUUUCCUGUCAGCUCCUUAACUGUAUCCCGGUUUAUAGACAACAUUACUUCACGUGAACAAGUGGAUCAAGCUGAGUAUUAUAUUUACAAGUUUCGUCACAGCCCAAAUUGCUUUUACUUGAGAGACUGGAUCAUCCACAGCUGGAUCAGGCAAUGCCUGAAGUUUGGGGCACAGGAUAAAGCUUUGUACACUUUGCAAAAUAAGGUUCAAUAUGGAAUUAUCCCAGAUUAUUUUACCUUCAAUAUAUUGUUGGAUUCUUUUAUAAAGGAUGAGAAUUAUGAAGAUGCGAUGGCUGUGGUCACUGAGAUAAUGAUACAGGAAAGUUUUGAUGAAGUUUCUACACAACUUCUCUCACUCUAUGUGAUGUACAAAUAUUUGACAACCAAAUCAGAACUUACGUGGGAGGAAGAGAGGAAUCUCGGAGCGUCCCUCUUCUUGGCAGGCCUGAAGCAGACGAACACGGUGGGAUUCAGUUCCCAGCUGUAUGGCUUAGCACUUCUUGGAAAAGUGGAGCUGCACAAGGGGCUACGAGCUGUGUACCACAAAAUGCCGCUCAUGUGGACCCCCGGGUACCUGAACAGAGCCUUGCAAGUGAUGGAGAACGCGAUGUUGCUUCCUGAUGAUACAAAGCUCUGCAAGGAAGCUAUUGAUGUUCUGGCAGCCACUUUGCAGCCCAUCCCUGUGACGGAAGUUUCUCCAGAGGACACCAAGGACUCAGAAGAAACACCAAAGCAAGCACAACUGGAAGAAGCAGAGACGUCACGACUGCCUGAGUACUUGAACCGAUUUGGGGAGCUGAAUUCUAAGCUGCAGUCGCUUGGCAAGGUGGAAUCUGCAAGCUUGUUGACACUGACCACCCAGCUUGUCGAGGAAAAGCAGCCAGCAUUUGAAGUGGAAGACAUUGCAAAACACAAGGAAAAGCUGAAGGAGUGGGAGCAAGAGCGGACGCUGCUGACUGAAAGGGAGAGACAGUUGAGGGAAAAGGCCAGGCAGGAGCUGGAAGCCCAGAAUGCAGCAAAAGCAUCUCUUUAACGCAGAAGAUCAGCUUAGCAGCUCUGUUGUGAUGUGGCCUUGACUGUAUACAGAUGAAACCUUUCCAGAUCCAUCUUGUAGCAAAAGUGCUUCUUCCCCACCCCCUUUAAAACCACUGUAAUUAUGAUUGAAGGCCUCAGUUUUGCCUGUUAUGUGUUAUGUCUACCUGUUGUCUAAUAAAGUGAUUCAUUUCUAAAACAGGCUGGGUGAGACAGUACAUUCCAAAUGCUCUGGCCACAGUCAGUAUCUGAUGUUUUUUUAAAAAAAUACCAACAGGAGUUCAAAAUGUUGUCUGCUUGCUUUGUUCGAGGGAUCACAAGCAGUAACCAGGCGAGUUAAGAUCUGGAGUCUUCUUCUUUGGAGGCAGCACACAUAAAAACCACCUUGUAUCAGGUCAGACCAUCUCAGACUGAUUGCAGCACCCCAGGGUUUCAGGCAAGGGUCUUUCUAGCCCUGCUGUUAGGCAUCUUGGCCAUUGGAAGCCAUCACCAUGUGUUGAGCUGCUCUCUUCUCCAUGCCCUGUCAAUAGGGCAGCAGGAGGCUAGAUCAGCUGGUAAAGGACCGUAGGUACUUCCCUGUCCAGAGGGCAUUCCACAAAUGGGGGCUGUGAUAGAAAAGGUUUUGUUUCUUCCAGAAGUUGACCUGGCCUACCUUUAAGAUGGAAUCUGCAGCAGGGCAUCACCUGUAAAAGUUCAUUCAGGAGAAGCCAUUGCUCCAGGGUUAAUAGGACACAGGCCUUUUUGGUGGUGAUUCCACAGGUAUGUAAUCUCUCUCCAGCCUUUUAGAUGCCGGGUGAAAACCCACCAUUUUUUUGUUGGGUUUUUAGAAGCUUUUCACAGGCAUUUAUAGCACCACUACUUGAGAGUUACUAUUGGGGCUAAAUGUACCCAUAAUCCCAGUGAGCAAGAUGGAUUGAUACUCUUUCACAGCUCUAUGGCUUGGACCAGCGUUUCUCAACCGCUGUUCCGCGGCACACUACUGUGCCGUGAGACGCUGGCUGGUGUGCUGCGAUGUGCGGCGGCGAGAAGGGCGAUUUGCAGAACUACCAUACCUAUGUGCGG